UAUAUUUAUGUAUAUAAUAUUGAGGAGACCUGUUCGUGCUACUUCCAUCUUCUCAACAAAUGGCCAACUUCUUGAACCAUAGUGCUCAGCCGGCACAAGUGAAUUACAGAUUGAUUCAUUAUAUUAUACAUUUUUCCCCAGCAAAAAUAAAAUACAUGUACAAAACCAUCUUACCUUACUUACGUGCAUAUCUAUAUAUGUGUGUAUUAUCAUGAUGAUCCAUCUCUAAAUUAAUGGCUAUGGCUAAUCACAACACUAAUAUCUUCAUCAUCUUCUUCACCAUAAUAUUAAUAGCCUCUGUAUCUUUUCACUCAACGUUGUCCCAACCCCAACAAACACCUUCUUCUAGUCUCUGCAACGGUGUUUUCUUAUCCUACGCCUAUACCGGGGGCCGUCCCAUCCCACCAACCGUAGCGAACCCAAUAGACCAGCCGUACAGGUUCGAAUCCUCUGUGACCCUGCUGAACAACGGCCUGGAUGAGCUCAAAUCAUGGAAAGUCUUUCUGGGUUUUCAGCACGACGAAGUUCUGGUCUCUGCUUCUGACUCUGUAAUAUUGGCUGACGACGGAGCUUCAUUCCCUGCUCAAGUUGGAAACGGCGUCGUUCUUGCUGGCUCUGCAUUGAAGGACCUUAAGUCAGCCGUUGACACCGCCGGUGAUGGAAAACAAACAGGUGUCGUAAUCCAAUUGGUGGGUACCCAAUUUGGAGUUGGGACCCCUGAUGUUCCCAUGCCAGUGAAUAUCUCUCUCGCCAAUGAGGGAUACUUCUGUCCUAGUCCCACUACACAAGGGAACAAUGAGAUGCAUUUAUGUUGCACUAGAGAUCCAAGUAAUGAAAAAGUGACUAAUUUUGAAGAGGAAAUCGAAGCUCGUCAAAAGGGUGAUCUUGUUAUCACAUACGACAUAAUUGGUUCAUACGACACAAAUUAUUGGGCACAAGUCACAAUCUCAAACGACAACCCACUCAGUCGUUUAGAGAACUGGAAACUGAGUUGGGAAUGGACAAAGGGCGAGUUCAUUAACUCCAUGAAAGGAGCUUAUCCCAUGGCCAUCGACACAAGAGACUGUAUCUUCGGACCACAAGGUCAGUAUUACAAAGACAUGGAUUUUUCUACUGCCUUGAGCUGCAAGAAAAGACCCACCAUCAUCGAUCUACCUCCAACAAGAGCAAACGAUUCUAAACUCGGAAUGAUUCCCUUCUGCUGCCGGAAUGGAACGAUCCUUUCACCAUUAAUGGAUUCAACCAAAUCCAUUUCCGCUUUUCAAAUGCAAGUUUACAAAAUGCCACCGGACCUGAACCUAACCCAACUCACCCCACCUCAGAACUGGAAGAUCAACGCCACUUGGGGACCCGACUACCAAUGUGGGUCUCCGAUUAAGGUGAGCCCGACUCGAUUCCCGGAACCAUCUGGGUUACCCUCGGAAUCAACAUCCAUAGCUACAUGGCAAGUCGUUUGUAGUAUCAAAACAACCAAAAAAGAAAACCCAAAAUGUUGCGUUUCCUUCUCAGCCUUUUCCAAUGAUUCAGUUGUUCCUUGUAAAACUUGCGCUUGUGGCUGUAAUCAAAACCCCACCAGAACUUGUAACCCAACUGAGCCAUCUCUACUAGUUCGGCCGAAAGCUCUGCUACUGCCAUCGGAAAAUCGAACCGAAGAAGCCUUGGAAUGGGCCAAGAUGAAAGACUUGCACGUUCCGGAGUUACUACCCUGCGUGGACAAUUGUGGGAUCAACAUAAACUGGCAUUUGGAUUCGGAUUUCAGGGGUGGUUGGACGGCGAGAAUGACUCUGCUCAACUGGGCUGAAACAGCGUCUGUGGACUGGUUUGCAGCGGUGGAGUUGGUCGAACCUGGAGCUGUAUUUAAAAAGGCUUACUCGUUCAAUGCAAGCUUUGUUCCAGGCUCGAACGGCAGUAUUAUUUUCAUGAAAGGUUUAAAGGGAUUGAAUUAUCUUCAUGCAGCUGAAAAUGGUGAUAAUCCGAAGAAAGAUCCAAGAGUGGCUGGUAAACAACAGUCGAUGAUUAUGUUCAAGAAGAAGAAUCCAGAUUUGGAUUUGAGUGGUGUAGACGGGUUUCCGACGAGGGUUUUGUUCAACGGCGAGGAGUGUGUUCUUCCGACAAUGUUUCCCAGAAACGACAAUGAAAAAAAAGGUGUGGUCGUGAAGACCAUUUUUCUUAGCCUUAUCUUUGUUAUGGCUUAUUUGUUACUGUAGAUUUAAUUUUUUAUUUUUUAUUAUUGUUUUGGUAAUCUCACAAGGGAUAAUAAUAAUAUUGAUUUUUUUUUGCAAAAUAUUUUUAUUAUAAAUCCAAAAGUUACCCUUGUUUUCGUUUGAAUUUGGGCUAAUGUAACUUUAUAGUACAUAUGUAACCAAACAUUCCUUUCUUGGAUAAUUAUUUUGUAGUUCCAUUUUAGGGUUGGAUUGUUUGGAUACAAUUAUAUCUAAUCCGCCUAAAUGAAAAGGUUUCAACAAUGUUAAAUUAAAUAAGUUAAUAAAUGGUAUUUUUGAUA